UUUUCAUAUGUUUUUAUAAAUUAUUUUUAGAGUGCUCAGGCCAGUUAUAUAUCUAAAUUACUCCAGAGCUUUUCAGAAUAACCUGAAAUAUUCACUAGUGCUUUAAAUUUUGAAAUUAAUUAUGGUUUCUGAAUCUUUGACCAGAGAUAGAAAGAAUGAGCUAAAGUACGCCUUCAGAUUGUAUGAUAAGGACGGGGAUGGAAAACUCUCUUUCAAUACCUUUAAAACUCUACUUAAAUCGAUAGGAAUCCACCUUACUAAGGGUGAACUAGAAUUUCUAAAGUACGAGGAAGGUGUCAGAGGAGGGUUUAGUCUCGAAAAUUUAUAUGCUCUUGGGGAAUCUUUUUAUACAAAUUCUGUUAUAAAGGAAAAGGUUAUGGAAUCUCUAAAAGAACAUUUCAAUAAUUCCACACAUUUGGACAAAUAUGAGCUUAAAAAACUACUAAUUAAACUGGGGAAGCAAGUAAGGGCAAGUGAGCGGGAAAUCGAAUCGUUUUUUAAAUUUUAUAUAAAUGAUCAAGUAUCAAAGGAUCUAACAAUUGAAAGAUUCGUUGAUGAGGCAUUAAUGGAAUCUUAAAUAAUAAAUAAUUCAAAACAUGAAAGACAAUAAAUAAUGGUUUAAUAUUGACUACUUUGGCAUAGAUAAUGUGAUUCUGUGAAUA